GCGGAACAGCGGAACAGCGUGUUUCCACGGCAACAGCCAGUCCGCCUAAACACCGCCAGCCCGCCUUACGCCCAUCUUCCAAAAUGAGCUCCGGACGAGCGACAGCAGACAUGAUGAGUUCAGCUCGUCCGUCGACAAAAUCUGGCCAAAAAACCGAGGGCCAUACUCAGAUAUCCCAGAUCUCUGGUUUUUGUUCCGGUUCCAUCCAUGACCCUGAAGAGAAAGCCUGUGGCCACAGGGUUGGAGUCCUGCAGACCGAUUCCGACUGUGUGGAACUUGCAAAGCAAGCAGGGAACAAGGACCUUUUACGGCAUGAGGAGGUCAUUAUUUCUAAACCCAUUUCAUAUAAAACUCCAGAGUGGUUCGGCCCUGCGGCAGAGGACAGUAAUGAUAAGUUAAGUCUUGCAAAAAAUAGAGAGAAGAAAAGCCCUAGCCAUUUUCAACUGACAGAUCCUCCCUUUGGGAAUGACAGCAAGUCAGUUUGGGAGCGGGGGGAAAGCAGCAAUAGAAAAGAGUGUGAGAACACUGCUCCUAACAGCCAGAUGGAGGAGCUGUCAUUAUCCUCUACCACUCAUGAGAACAGAUUCAAGAAGACGUGCUUUAACAAGAACCCUGCCCCUGUUGACAUGUCUAAGCUGCUGAGUUUUGGCUAUGCAGAGGGCGACAAGAUGACAUCCAGCGGUAAUGAAUAAAUGAUUAGAAGAUUGGCAGUGGGCUCAGGGUGUGUAAUUGCAAAGACCAACAACAGCAACCCCUCAUCGGAGUACCCUCUUGUUAGACAAAAAAAAGCCACGCUGUGUUUACUGAAUUCUCCCGCUUCAUAAUCUUUCCAUUUUGUGUCUUGCUGUUUGCACUGUUACCAUGUCUGCUGUAUUUUAUACCUUAUAGCGAAGAGGGGAACUGGUUUCAUUGAAGUUGACUCAAACCUAUUACUUGCGGUGCUUGUUAUCGGUACCCAGUUAUCUACGUUUGUCUGGGAAUUAUAUGAAUUCAGAGCCUCUUCAAAAGUGAAACAUUUGUUUUGUAGACUUUUCCUCCUUUUUUAAAACGUGUAAAACGUUUUUGAAGGAAAAUCAAAGUUGUUUGAUUAAAGUUUUAAAAUCUU